GUAGCAACGUGAAAGAAGCUGCAGCAUAACACAGCAGCAAGCAGACUGCCUUAAAGAAACAGUUUCCAGCCCUCUGAAAUUGGCUUCAACAUUCCAGAUGGCAGAGAAGCCUAAAUUUUGUCCAUGUGACCUUGGAGAUGUGUUUGAUUAUCAACCUCUUGGAUGUGAAGUGUCAAUUGAGCAUAUUAAGGCCUAUGUGAAAAAGCCCUCUUUUCAUACCAAUGCAGCUGUAGUUGUGAUUCAUGACAUAUUUGGAUGGCAACUCCCAAAUCUUAGAUAUAUUGCUGAUUUGGUUUCUUCCAAUGGAUACAUUACAAUUUGUCCAGACUUUUUUAAGGGAGGAGAACCUUGGAAACCAUCUAAUGAUAUAUCUCAAUUAAAUGAGUGGCUAAAAACACGAGACCCCAAAAAUAUAGACAGUGAAAUCGGUGUAGUCUUGAAAUAUUUGAAGGAAGAAUGUAAUGUGGCGAGGAUAGGCGUCAUUGGCUUCUGUUGGGGUGGAUCUGCUGUACAUCAUUUGAUGUUGAACUAUUUUAUAUUUUCUGUAGGCGUGUCCAUCUAUGGAGUUGUCAAUUUAAUGGAGGACAAUUUCAACCUGAAAAAUCCCACAUUUUUCAUUGUUGCAGAGAAGGAUGAGUACAUUCCUCUUGACCAGUGGCAGCCUGAUAACACACUUUUGACAUCAGAAGUUUCUCACAUGGGGAAGAUUAAACAGAGGGAAGAUAUUAAGGAAAUUGAAAGCUCUCCAGAAGCAGAAUGCUGCCGACCACCUUCCACCACCACUUAA